AUGCAGCGAGAAAUAGACGAUUUGAAGAGAAAGCUGCACCAUGCGCAGCAAAGGCAAUCUCGUUCUAGGCUUGACACGCCCUCCGACGAUGAAAGUGACGAUGACUAUAGACGAAGAUCGAGGACUCUCCCAAGUGAGACCUUCUCCCAUGAAGAAGAACACUACCAAAGGCGUAGGCGCAGAAGCCCAUCUCCUAGGGGCUUGGGAAAUAAUGCCAUGAGCAGGGCAUUGGAUCAACUCUCCAAGUCGCCUUUCACGCAUCACAUAGAAGGGGCCGUACUUUCUCGACGGUUCCAGCAGCCAACCUUCGCCAUUUACAACGGUAGAACAGACCCUGUGGAGCAUGUGAGCCAGUUCAACCAAAGUAUGGCUGUCCAUUCUAGGAACGAGGCGCUGAUGUGCAAGGUUUUCCCAUCUAGCUUGGGACCAGUGGCGAUGAGGUGGUUUAAUGGUCUAAAGGCGAACUCCAUAGAUUUGUAUAGGCAACUGACCCAAACUUUUGGCUCCCGCUUCGUUACAAACCGCAGAGCUCCACGGCCUUUGAGUGCUUUGUUGUCGCUGUACAUGCAUGAUGGAGAAACCCUAAAGGCCUGCUCAAACAGAUAUUGGGAGACGUACAAUGAAAUGGAAGACAAUUUUGACGACGUCGCCAUUAUCACUUUCAAAAAUAGUCUCCCAUCCGAUCACUGCCUGAGGAAGUCUCUGACUGGCAAGCCCACCACCAGUAUGCGCCAACUAAUGGAUCGGAUCGAUAAGUAUAAGCGAGUGGAGGAAAACUAG